AAAGCGAGGCUCCUUUAUCGGGCAAGGCCAACCGGCUAAAGCGGCGGGACGACCUAGGUCAGCCGGGCUUCAUUCGGCAGUCGCAACGCGCCAGCACGGAUCACGCUGCUGGGCCGAAGGAGUACACGGAAUAUCGACGCACAAUGGAAGUGGGGGCGCGCCUGCUGCUGACGCUGUUUGUGGUGCCGGGGUUGCUGGUGCCAGCCCUGGAGGCGGCCGAGGUGCUGGGCCUCUUCCAGUCGGCGGGCCGCAGCCAGUGGGUGCUGGCGGAGACGUACCUGAGGGCGCUGGAGCGGCGCGGCCACCGCAUCACCGCCGUCACCACCUACCCCUCCAGCCAGGGCAGCACCACGGGCAACUGGACCGAGAUCCUCCUACCGAACCCCAUCAAUGAAGACGGCGAUCUCAACGCAUUCGAAGAGGUGGCGACGGGAGUCUUGGACUUGAUGAAACAGUUCUUAGAAUUUGCUGAAAAAACGUGUCACGGAUUUCUGAAAGACGAAAAUGUACAGAAGUUGCACAAGUCGGGCAAAAAAUUUGACGUCAUUGUUUUGGAGAAUAUCUUCACAGAAUGCCUACACGGAUACGCUCAUGGUCUGAAAGCACCUGUGAUCGUUCUGUCUUCCUUCGGGGGAACGGACUGGAUGGCCGACACGGUGGGAAAUCCGUUCCCGUAUUCUUACGUGCCGAAUCCAUUCCUCGAGUUUGGCACGCACAUGAGUUUUCUCGAGAGACUUCAGAAUACACUUGUUGGGAUAGUAGGAAAAAUCGCCCGACAGUUUGUGUAUCUGCCGAGGCUGGAUUCAAUUUUACAGACGUAUCUGAAGGAUCCGUCACUACCUUCACUGUCGGAAAUCGAGAGGCAGACGUCGCUCCUCCUGGUUAACUAUCACUUCGCCCACGGAUGUCCUCGGCCACUUGUACCGAGCAUGGUGGAAGUUGGUGGGCUGCACGUCAGGCAGCCAAAGAAGCUGCCCCAGGAUAUACAAAAGUUUUUAGACGAGGCCACAGACGGGGCGAUAUACUUCAGUAUGGGCUCCAACGUGCAAAGUGCUCACUGGCCUGAGGAGAAGCGGUCCGCCUUCCUGAAGGUGUUUUCGCAGCUGAAGCAGCGAGUCCUGUGGAAAUGGGAGACGGAGUCCCUGCCCGGUCAACCGCCCAACGUGAAGAUCGGCAAGUGGCUGCCGCAGUCCGACAUACUGGCCCACAAGAACGUGCGGGCGUUCAUCACGCACGGCGGGCUGCUGAGCACGCAGGAGGCGACGGCCAGGGGCGUGCCACUGGUGGGGAUCCCGGUGUUCGGCGACCAGCUGCUCAACAUGGUGCAGGCGCAGAGGCAGGGCUACGCCGUCACGCUGGCCGUCGGCAACGUCACGGAGGCGUCGCUGCAGUGGGCGCUCAGCGAGGUGCUCACCGUCCCCAGGUACCGAGAGAACGCCCAGCGACUGUCCAGGAUCUUCAACGACCGCCCGGUGAAGCCGCUGGACGAGGCUGUCUACUGGACAGAGUACGUCAUCAGGCACCAGGGGGCGCCACACCUCAGGUCCGCGGCGCUGGACCUCGCCUGGUACCAGUACUUCCUGCUAGAUGUCGUCGCCGUGCUGGUCGCCGCGGCCGCGGUGCUGCUCCUAGCGGCGGCGAUCGCAAUCAGGGCCGGACUGCGGCUGCUGAAGCCGACUGCUGGUGGGUCCAAAGCUAAGAGGACUAGCAGCAAGUCCACCAAGAGGUUUGGCUCUCCGUGCGGUCACGUGAGCGUGGUGUUGCUGUGUGACGCGCCGGAGACGGGUCCAGCCAAGGUCAGUUCAUUACAGCCAGCGAGCAGCGAAAGCGCUCACGUCAGUCGGCCUUCAUUCAGCGGCAGCAGCGCGGCGCUACAAACCGCGUUCCUAGUCUGCAGGGCUGCACGGGAACACCGGCCCGCAAUGCAAGUGAGGCCGCUCCUACUGAUGCUCGGGGCGUCGGCGUUGCUGGAGCCAGCCCUGGAGGCGGCCGAGGUGCUGGGCCUGUUCCAGUCACCGGGCCGCAGCCAGUGGGUGCUGGCCGAGGCGUACCUGAGGGCGCUGGAGCGGCGCGGCCACCGCAUCACCGCCGUCACCACGUUCCCCUCCAGCCAGGGCGGCACCUCGGGCAACUGGACCGAGAUCCUCAUACCGAACCCUCUUAAUACAGACGGUGAUCUCAACGCAUUCGACGAUAUCGCCACAGGUCCCUUAGAAAUGGCGAAACAGUUUCUUGACUAUGCUGAAAAAAUGUGUCACGGGUUUCUUAGAGACGAAAGUGUACAGAAGUUGCACAAGUCAGGUAAAAAAUUUGACGUCAUUAUUUUGGAGAAUCUCUUCGCAGAAUGUGUACACGGAUACGCUCAUGGCCUGAAAGCACCUGUGAUUCUGCUUUCAACUUUCGCGGGAACGGACUGGAUGGCCGACACGGUGGGAAAUCCGAACCCUUAUUCUUACGUACCGAGUCCAUUCCUCGCGUUGGGCACCCACAUGAGUUUCCUCGAGAGACUUGAGAAUACACUUGUUGGGAUAGGAGGAAAAAUCGCCCGACAAUUUCUGUAUCUGCCGAGGCUGGAUGCAAUUUUACAGACGUAUCUGAAGGAUCCGUCAUUGCCUUCGCUGUCGGAAAUCGAAAGACAGACAUCGCUUUUCCUGGUUAAUUAUCACUUCGCCCACGGCUGUCCUCGGCCACUUGUACCCAAAAUGGUGGAAGUUGGAGGUUUGCAUGUCGGGCAACCAAAGAAGCUGCCCCAGGACAUACAGAAGUUUCUGGACGAGGCCACAGACGGGGCGAUAUACUUCAGCAUGGGCUCCAACGUGCAAAGUGCUCACUGGCCUGAGGAGAAGCGGUCCGCCUUCCUGAAGGUGUUUUCGCAGCUGAAGCAGCGAGUCCUGUGGAAAUGGGAGACGGAUGCCCUGCCCGGUCAACCGCCCAACGUGAAGACCGGCAAGUGGCUGCCGCAGUCCGACAUACUGGCCCACAAGAACGUGCGGGUGUUCAUUACGCACGGUGGCCUGCUGAGCACACAGGAGGCGACGGCCAGAGGCGUGCCGCUGGUGGGGAUCCCCGUGUUUGGCGACCAGCUGCUCAAUAUGGCGCAGGCCCAGAGGCAGGGCUAUGCCAUAACUCUCGCCAUCAGCAACAUCACGGAGGCCUCACUGUGGUGGGCACUUAACGAGGUGCUCAACGUCCCCAGGUACCGCCAGAACGCCCAGCGGCUGUCCCGCAUCUUCAACGACCGCCCGGUGGAGCCGCUGGACGAGGCUGUCUACUGGACAGAGUACGUGGUCAGGCACCAGGGGGCGCCACACCUCAGGUCCGCGGCGCUGGACCUCGCCUGGUACCAGUACUUCCUGCUAGAUGUCGUCGCAGCGCUGCUCGCUGCAGCACUGCUGGCUCUCCUCGUCACCAGGGCGGCGUUCAGGGCCGGACUGCGGCUGCUGAAGGGGACUGUUGGUGGAUCCAAAGAUCAGGGGACUAGUAGCAAACGCUCCAAGAGAGAAUGAUGGCGUUUUGAGCUG